AUGUUAACAAUCACGUAUUCAAUUAAUAGUUAUCCAUUACUUAGUUCUUCAAAUCAUAAUAAUCUAGGUUCUACUCAAAUUGACAGUCUCUGCUCUUUACAAAAAUCUUCAAUGGAUCCUAAUACAAUAAAGUCUGAAAUACCGAGUAAACGUUUUGCUAUGCCAUUUCCUGAUAUGAAUAGAUUUUUAUCGACAAGUCAUAAACUUCAUCAUGAUUCGCAUUCAAAGACUGGGGUCAAGUCAAACAAUAAAAAGCAUGACUUUCAUGCUUAUUUAUGCAGUAUUUCAAAAGAUUCUGAAGAAAUGUCAAAUUUUCUAAAUAUUUUUAUUGAAGAACAUGGUCAACCACCAGCUUUUAAUAUAUUCGAAUCAUGUGAGCAAGUUGCUAAACGAGAUCAAUUAGAAUCGAGUAAUAAUAAUAAAAACAAUGAACUAGCAUCGGUUGUUCGAUUCAAUGAAUUAUCAGAUUUCUGUUCUAAUCGAUCACAAAUGCAAUUGGCUAAACGAUGGAGACAUUCAGUAGAAGGACCAAUAUCAAUUGAUUUUAUUCAUCAAAUGCUUGAAUCUCGUAAAGUUAAAUCCUAUCCAUAUCCACCGGAAAUGGAUCCUUAUCUUGUUGGUAGAUAA